AUGGCGAGGCUCCUACAGUCAUCGCUAUUGUUGUUGCUCACAUGCGCUGGUCUGUCGCUGGCUCAAGAUAAUACAACCUCGGAUACGACGACCUCACUAUUUACCACUACCACGUCACUAAGCUCGACGACAACGACAUCUGACUUCACGACGACGACGACGACGACGACACCAUUCACAACUACCACAACUACCCCUCUGACAACGACUACCACUACCACCUCCCUUUUAACCACCACAACGACACCAUUGCCAACAACCACCACCAGUAAGUCUGAUUUCCCAGCCUUUCCUCGUCUCGAGUCUGCUCUCUUUCGCAUCUGGUUUUGCGUUGCUUUUGCCUUUACCUUUGCCUCUGCUCUUUAUAAUGUUCGUUUCGUGGCAGCAACCACAAGCUACACGACGACUUCUGAUACCACGUCCUCCUCAUCCUCGUCGUCGUCUACAUCCUCCAGCACUUUGUCGACCUCUGAGACGUCCACUUAUACUUCCCCUUCUUCCACCGUAGUUCCCACCACGACCACUACCACGGAUAGUACUACCACUACCACGCCUCCCCCUUCUCCAACUACCACCACAACAAGCACUACCACCCCGAUCACUACUUCAUCAACUACAACGACAACAACAACAACGUCCGAAACGCCCUCAUCCACCACAACCACAGAAAGUACAACCAGCAGCGAAACCCCAGUCGUCAUAACCACCACCAGCUCAUCGAUCUCGUACUCUACCCACACAGAGACAGUCACCUCCGUCAUUCCCACCACUUCAGAUGGUGUUCCAGCAUUUACGACCUUAACGUCGGUUGUCGUUGCAACGUCGCCAGCUACUACAGUAGUAAACGUCGGCACACUUACAAGCACACCGGGGGCGAGUCCGUCCAUAGCAGCAGAAAAUAGUGGGUCUGGUGGCAGUUCCGGUCUGUCUACUGGAGCUAAAGCUGGCAUUGGAGCUGGCGUUGGUAUUGCCGUAGUGGGCGCAGCUAUUUUUGGUGGCUGGUAUUCGUGGUACAUGCGACGACGUCGCAAGCGUAACUCCCUCGAUCACGACAAUUAUGAUGCCAAUGGGCCGAUCCCAGGCAUGAGCGAGUAUGGCGGUUCGGCAACCGGAGGGCGUUCAGGCAUGGGCGCCAUGGCUGCAGUGGCUGGGUACUCCUCCAACCGAUCUGAUACGCGAUCAUCCGAACUCGCUACUUCUCCUCCUCUACAGCCUCCCCCUAGAUCUCCUGAUCGACUCCUUCCAGCUGCGGCGGCGAUCCGCUCCUGGGGAUCGGUUUCGCCUCCACUUCCGCAAGGAUCGUCAGGCAUGUCAGUCUCUGACGCGAGCGAGUACUCUCAAGGCCAGACAACAUCCCAUCUACCCCAACAACAGCAGGGCCCUAUGAGCCCAGCUGCUGCAGCUUACGUCAACGAACUGCCUGAAGACCAACGAAACAUCCACCAAUUGCCCGAUAGCCAAGCACAGGGACGUCCUGAGCAGUCGCAUCAGCGUCACCUCUCAGGCGACUCGGGGCCAAUUUCGGCGCCGAGCGGCACGUACUCCCAAGAUGAUGGCUACUACCCUCAUCCCUCGGACGGGCAGAACCCUUACGAGCUACCUGGUGGGCAGGACGCGGGCCAAGGUAACUACCGAGGUGUAGAUCCAGAGGUGCCAUUACAUCAGAGAUAUGAUAGGGUUCCUAUAAGGCCGGGACACCUAGGUCCUUCGCAUAAUUUUUGA